AUGGUCACAUUACUAGAGGUAGUAUCGAGUUUUGGGGACCAGAUGAGUCUCCAAUUCAAUCCUAGCAAGAGUGCCAUUAUAGAAUAUGCGCCAUGUAGAGACUCAGAAAAGGAAUUCGAAGUCCAAAGCCGGGCGCUACCUACUCUCAACUCCUACAAGUACUUAGGCAUCACUCUCUGUGAUGGGAAAAACUACCUGGAGGAGCAAGAGAAGGUCUGGGAAUCGAAAGCAGAAAAAGUUCUGCGACAGAUGCACGCCAAAUCACUCUGGAGAUUUAACAGAUUUGAGGUGACUAAGAUCCAGUGGAAGAGCACGGCGGUACCUGGAUUGACAUAUGCCAACUCGGUAACCACCAUGUCCGCGAAACUGCGGCGGAGACUCGAAACCCUACAACGGGAGGCUGGAAGAUGGGCCCUGGGGGAACCCAAUGCGAACACCGCCAUAGAAUUUAUAGACGGAGAGCUGGGAUGGUCCACGUUCGAAGCCAGAGAAGCAAAGAGUAAGCUAAUAUAUCAGGCUAGAAUCAAUGAGAUGAGCGAGACGAGGUGGCCAAAGGCAAUCCAGACAAUGAUGAAGAUUGCGAGUAUACCCACCAAACUUCUAAAAGAGAAAGUCUCGAGUUGA